GUUGUUUAGGUUGUUCUGGUAUAAUCUUUAAAUAAUGUCAGAUAUGUUCAGUUUUAUUCUCUGUGUUCAGUGUCUGCAUUUCCGGUGUUGUUGAGUAACUCUUCCGUGUUCGACUGAUGGAGGAGUAAGCGUCUGUCACAGUUUGACUUUGAAGAUGAAUGUGAGGGAAGUUUGUGUAGUUUUAUAUUUUCUGCUGUUUUCUGUCGCAUAUAUUGCGGCCAAACAGCCGAAUAUCGUGUUUGUUUUAGCGGAUGAUUUCGGCUGGAAUGAUGUUGGGUUUCACGGAUCUGAGAUUAAAACCCCGAAUCUGGACCGUUUAUCAGCUGCAGGGGUUCGACUGGAUAAUUAUUAUGUUCAGCCGCUGUGCACUCCAUCCAGAAACCAGCUGAUGACCGGCAGAUACCAGAUUCACACUGGUAUGCAGCAUCAGAUCAUCUGGCCCUGUCAGCCGUAUUGUGUUCCUCUGGACGAGAGAUUUCUGCCACAGAUCCUGCAGGACGGCGGGUAUAACACACACAUGGUGGGCAAAUGGCACCUGGGCAUGUACAGGAGAGACUGUCUGCCCACACACAGAGGCUUUCAAUCUUUCUUUGGUUAUCUGACGGGUUCAGAGGAUUAUUACAAUCAUCACAGGUGUAGUUUGAUCACUCCUCUCAACGGGACCCGCUGCGCUCUGGACCUGCGGGACGGGGAAGAUGUCGCCACACGUUACACGGGCCAGUACUCCACAGAACUCUUCACACAGAGAGCCACUGACAUCAUACAACAACACCAAGCUAACAAACCUCUCUUCCUGUAUGUGGCGCUGCAGGCGGUUCAUAGUCCUAUUCAGGUCCCGGAGCACUACGUCGCCCCCUACAGUUUCAUCGAAGACAAACCGCGGCGGGAGUACGCAGGGAUGGUGUCGGCGAUGGAUGAAGCGGUGGGGAACAUCAGUAGGACUCUGCAGGACACAGGACUGUGGAACAACACGCUUUUCAUCUUCUCCACAGAUAAUGGUGGUCAGAAUCUGGCAGGAGGAAGUAACUGGCCUCUACGUGGCAGGAAGUGGUCGCUAUGGGAGGGCGGGGUCAGGGGCGUGGCCUUUGUGACUGGACCAUUGAUAGAGCAGCCAGGAACUGUCACUCGAGAACUUAUCCACAUCUCUGAUUGGCUCCCGACAAUUGCUGGUCUUGCUGGUGCGUCGACUAACGGCACCAAACCUCUGGACGGGUUUAAUGUCUGGGAUGCGAUCAGUCGUGGUAAAGCGUCUCCGCGAGUUGAACUGCUGCAUAACAUUGACCCACUGUAUGACGACAUCGCACCAUGUCCAGGUGAUAAUCUCUCAGGUGCAUUUCUGCAAGAGUCUUUUCGCUCAUCAGCAUCUCGGUGGAUUUCUCUCGGGUCUCGCUCAGAGUUUAACAUCUCCGUUCACGCUGCCAUUCGUUACAAGAACUGGAAACUUCUCACCGGUUAUCCAGGUUGUCCUCUGUGGUUUGCGCCCCCUUCUGGUGGUCCAGUGACGUCAUCGACGCUCUCUGAGCCGCUGAAGCAGGUGAUGCUGUUUAACAUCGAGCAGGAUCCCGAGGAGCGUGUGGAGAUUUCCCAUCAGCACCCAGAGAUCGUCAACUUCCUGCUUAAGCGCUUACAUCAUUACCAGAGUGAAGCUGAACCAAUCACAUUUCCCCCUGAUGACCCCCGCUGUGACCCCGGACCCUCAGGAGCCUGGGGACCCUGGCAGUGAUGAAAAUGAUGAAGGACAGUAAUGUGUGUGUUUAUAGAGAGAAACGUAUUAAUGAGAGUGUACAAUAAUUUUCUUAAGGAGUAUUUUAUAUUGUAAAAAUAAUCUAGUCUCAACAUCUUUAAACAGGGAAUCCAUGGGUCUUUAAAGUCUUAAAUUCACUAUUUAAUAUUUAACCCUCCUAUGGUAUUAAAAAAUGGCACCUUCCUUUGGUAUUCGCGGACAGUGUUGGAGGUAAUGUGAUAAAAGUAACUUACGCGUUACGUAAUCAGAUUACUUUUUCAAGUAACGAGUAAAGUAACGCAAUAUUUUUUUAUUUUGGACCAUAAUAUCUGAGUUAGAGCGUUGCUUUUGUACACCUCUACUGUCCCUGUAUUGUGAGAAAUUAGGAUUAAAAGUGUGCAAACUUCGGGGAGGAGACGUAGUGCAUGAUGGCAUUGUAGUUCUAUAGAGUGUGAGGCCAGAGAUUAUUUAGCAGCUCCCCCGUAACUGGGAGAAUGGGAUGAGAAAAGCUGACUCUGGAUCAGUGGCUCCGAGCAACAUUCUACAUCGACUGUGAAAGCAGAGAAAAUAUCUUCUAAAAAGACUCUACAUUUUAGUUUUAUAAUAAACAAGUAGUUUCAGUGAUUCAUGAAACAAACCGUUUUUAUGACAUUUUGGUAGCAUUAAAAACGAUUCUAUGCAAGUUGUAUCAGCAUGUGCGUUUGCAGUUGUAUGCGUUGUAUGAUCAACCAGUGGCGUCUGUACGCACCGUGGAUCAACUCAAAACAAGCCUGCAGUGUUGUACAGCAGCUAGCAUGACCUGUAAUGUCUCUUGUAUGCAGUACAUGGCUUAUUAGUAUGGAAUGCAUAGCAGAGCAGAAGAGAAAGUGGCUGUGAGAAAAAAAGUAACACAAAAGUAACGUAACGCUUUACUUUCCAUAAAAAAUUACUUUUUAAUUAACUAAGUUAAUUUAAGGAGUAACGCAAUAUUCGAGCAAGUUACUUUUAAAAGUAACGUUACCCAACACUGUUCGUGAUCAUUUUUUACUGGAAGGGUCAGAUGUGUAACCCUUUUUUAUUUUCUUUUUUUUAUGAUGAUAAUGAUACCAUCUCUUCCCUGAAGAACAGUACAAUUAUGCAUUUCUUUUGGGAUUUUAAACUAUUUUGAUCUUAUUUACUUGUACAUUUCUAAAUGUUACCAUUAAUUUGAAUAUACAAAUAAACACAUUUUUGAAAAACAAAA